AUGGCCAUUCCAAACGCACGCGAAGACGUGCCUCCGCCCUUGCCUCCUCCACGUCACAUCGAGGACCUCAGGGCCGGGCGGUCUGAUCCCGGCUGGCAAUGGGGUAACACAAACAAUCUCAAAGAAAACGGCUUUGGCGGAAAUCGGCUCGCGACAGUCAGACCUGGCUCGAGCUUAUACGGUGGAUCUCGCAGCGGCCAGGUGCAUCAUCCGCGGGACCUGUCGGCCGACUAUCUUUUCAAUGGUCGUGAGCCCUCCAUUUCACGGUCUCUCGACGACAUGAGCUCUGAGGGCAGCAGGGACCACAAUAGUGACGAGGAUCGCAGCGGCAAGACUCGGCCGUCGCUCGGCAACCACAGAUUCACAAGUGAACGGCAGCUUGGUCAGAAGGCACUAGAUCACUCCUCACAAGCCUACGACAAGCAACUCCUCUCCAAGAUCGGUGGCCCGAACACCCCAACGAGAACUGCUGCGCCGCCACUAUCGAGCAGCGCCCAAGACUCACCUGCCGACACUCACGCGCAUAAGCUAAAUGGACAGCAACUGAAGCCUCUGUCCGUACCCGAUCGACUACAUCCAGACUCGCCCGCCACCAAGUGGCCACAGUCUGGCGCAAUAUCUCCUGGAUAUACUGGCUUUCGCAGUCCUGUCUUCGACGGACCGGAUGCACACAGGGGACGGUACGGUAGCAUCUCUACGCCGGGCCCGUUGGACGAAAGCUUGCCCCUCCACCGCGGUAGUUACGACCACGGCAUAUUCCCAGAACACGAAUUUGGCAUGGAGGAGAAUGGAAUGCGCAAUUUGAACAUCGAUGACCGCAGCCCUGCUGGGUCUGACGAAUAUCAUAUGUGCCAGAAAGGCGGCCUAAAACGGCGCGCCUCAUCACCUCCUCCAGAGGCUGUGCGUGACGACCGGCCCACGGCUAGCGGCAACCCCGACUUAUAUCAUCGGCGUUCAGCGCAUAUGCUUGUUAACCGCAAUACUCCAACUUCGCGCUUUCAGAUGCACCAUGGAUCACUGUCCUCAGUUUCAUCCUCAGGCCCCCGUACUGGCUCGGUCGGCUCUUCGCUCGGUUUUUCCACAGCAGCAAGCAGCAUGACAAGUUAUGGCGGAGAUCAACGCUUGUCACCCAGUGCGUUGUCGCCCUCGGAGCAGACGGAACUGGGCCCUGUUUCUCCGUAUGCAGCUAGCAGGUCGCUAAAUCGUAGCCCCCGCGGCUCUUUAUCGAGACCACAGCACCAACGAGGCUACUCGGAAACCGAGCAUCCUUCUCAGAUCCGGAAGCUUUCGACAGAAAGCAUCAUCCACUCGCGACAGAAUUCGAUGGCCAACCGCAUUCCAGGCGCAUAUAUCUGCGAGUGCUGUCCCAAGAAGCCUAAGAAGUUUGACAGCGAAGAUGAGUUGCGAUCACACGAGCUAGAAAAGCAGUACAUUUGCCAAUAUUGCCCGAAUCGGUUCAAGAACAAGAAUGAGGCCGAGCGUCAUCAGAAUUCUCUGCAUUUGCGGCGACAUUCAUGGUCGUGUGCUGCGCUUGCUGGUGUUCAGGCUGCGUUCCACCCCUCUCCUACUCGUCCAGCCGCGGCCGACGUGUGUGGAUUUUGUGGUGAGGAGUUUCUUAACCCCGCGAACUGGGACGCUCGGGCAGAGCAUCUGAACCAUGCGCACAAGUUUGGCGAAUGCAAUCAAGCCAAGAAGUUUUUCCGUGCAGAUCAUUUUCGACAGCAUCUGAAACACAGUCACGCCGGUACGAGUGGAAAGUGGACCAACAUGCUGGAAAAUGCGUGUAUGAGGGACGAGCCACCACCACAGGAGCGAGUUGGCUCUGUGGGCUCAAUCUCUGGUCCUUCUAUAUCCCCUCUUCCAGCGAAACCUGGGGUCAUCAACGAAGCACACGACGAGUCUUGA